UACAGAAUAUAAUAUAAUGAAAUAUCAUCUCGAUAGAAAAAUUGAACAAAUUGUUCCAGUAAAUACAUCCUUGUGCCCUGAUAACAAUUAUGUUCCUAAUGAUAUGAUAAUUGAUGACAUAAAUAAUGAGGAGCCGUUAAUUUACUGGUUAUUUUCUAAUAGCAUAUUUGUGACAGACAUUAACGUUUUUAAAUGCAGUAAGAUUUUACACAUGAAAAACGUAAAUGAUAAAUUCAUACUUCGCUCUAUUACAAUUGACAAAACAAACAUUUACAUUUUAAGAUAUAAUUCGAAUGAUAUAUACGUUUUGAAGAAGAAAUAUGCAAGUCUCAAUAGCGUAAAUGCAGAAAAAUAUGUUGAAAAGAUAAUAAGCGCAAGUAAAAAUAAACGUUUUUAUCAAAUUGACGCUUUUGAUCAAUCUCUACAACCAUACCCUCCAAUGAGAUGCCUGACACCUGACGAGAAAGUUUAUAAUUUUGAGAAUGUGAAUGCAACAACAAACAGCAUCAGUGUGAAUCUUCCGGAGCCGGUUGUAAAGAGUGGAUGCAAAAAAUAUAAUUUACCAACUACUAUAUAUACUAUCUCCAUAAGCUGUUUAGACAACAAUCUCAACAAGUCGGAGAAAUUCAACGUGCUACGAUAUGUGACGUUCGAGCGAUAUUACGAGAUUCAGAACUUAACACCAUUUACAGAGUACAAAUUGAAGUUUACUUUAAACAAUUUUUACUUUGAUCAAUUAUCAAUAAAUCCAUUUGAUUCGAAUGUGAUACCAAUAAAAACUAAUUCCGGUAAGUUUGAUGCACCAGAAAACGUAAGUGUUCUAGCUUUAACGCCUACUAUAGCAGUAGUUCAUUGGAUGCCACUCAAGAAAGUGAACUGCGUGACCGUGACCUACGAAGUGCAUUGGAAGUCAGUUACAUUAGUGAACGGCACGCAACACAAGAGCAAACAAUUUAUCAAUGUGCCGAAACGUACGGCAGACGGCAGAUUUUUCACAAAGAUUAACUUGUCGCUACCGGUACAAGAUUAUAUGAUAUACGUGCGUGUAUAUCCAAAAAAUUUCAGUGAUUUCUACAACGAGAGUUUAAGCAAGAUCGUUCACAUAGAACCAAACAAUAUUACUUUGAGCGGGGUCGACAUAAAUAGCAUGAACAUUUCGUGGAUCUCAAACAUUAAUCUGACGAUUUUUUGUAUACUAGAGUACAAAGAUAUUGCAGCAGAAAAGUGGCAAACAAUGAAUUAUAUUAAAAUGAAUUAUAACAGUGAAGUAAUAUACAAGGUCGAAAAUUUACAAUCGGGAACUUUAUACAAGUUUCGCUUGAAAUUGAGAUACAUCGAAUACGAGGAAGAUUUAACAUGGCCGGCUGAUGAAAGAUUUACUUUUUCAACACGUGGUAGCAAACGUGAUAUUCCGAGCACUCCUGGAAUAAUAGCGAAAGAAUAUUACUUAUUAUUCAUGUUAAGUUUUAUCGUUAUAGUUACUAUAAUCUGCAUCUGGUACUUUUAUUAUUUGCAUCGCAGAGAUAAUGAACAAUAUUUGUCUUCAACAAUGAACGAUAUGGAAUUGAAGAUUCUACAUGUACCUUGGCGAAACACUCAAUUCAUGAUUGACAAUUCUACGUUACAUUAUAAUCCAGAUGAAUGUGCGGUAACCAUAGUCGCACGUAAACAGAUUACAUUUACAAAACUUCUUGGAAGCGGCGCAUUCGGAAAGGUGUUUCAAGGAAAUGUGAAGAACUUAGAAAGAUCGGGCACAGAGAUAUCCGUUGCAAUAAAAACGCUUCGGAAAGAUGCUUCUUCCUAUGAGAAAAAGAAAUUGUUAAAGGAAGCCAAGCUUAUGAAUCAUUUUCGACACAAACAUAUAUUAAGAUUGUUGGCCAUUUGCUUAGAUGGGGAUUCUCCGUUAUUAGUGUUGGAAUUGAUGGAAACAAAUCUGUUACAAUAUUUGAGAGAUUGUCGAAAUUUGGAAGCGUCAGAUUCGGCUGCUUUGCGUUUGCAGGAUUUGCUCGCCAUGUGCGAAGAUGUUUCGCGAGGUUGUUGCUACUUGGAAGAGUUGCGUUUCGUACAUAGAGAUCUAGCGUGUCGCAAUUGUUUAAUAUCUUCGAGGAAUCGAGAGAAUCGUGUCGUCAAAAUUGGGGACUUUGGACUAGCUAGAGAUAUCUACCAGAAUAAUUAUUAUCGCAAGAAAGAAGAAUGUUGUCUUCCUAUUCGCUGGAUGGCACCCGAAUCUUUGAUGAUUGAAAUAUUUACUUCUCAAAGCGAUGUUUGGUCAUUUGGAGUAAUAAUGUGGGAAAUUACAUCGUUGGGUGAGAAACCUUAUACUGACAAGACUGAGAAUGAAGUGAUAUAUCAUGUACGUGCUGGAGGCAGGUUGCCGAUGACUCUUAACUGUCCGCCACCAUUGUACCAGUUGAUGCUACGUUGCUGGAGUGCAGCGGAUGCUAGACCAAAUUUCAAAUUUUGUCUGGAAAAUAUUAUAGCAUUAAGAAAGAACAUGGAAGAUGCCUUACUGAGUCCAGUCGAUGUUAUUUAG